CCACUUCCGCUAAACAAUGUCUUCGCACUCCCUGAUUUUGUGAAAGUCAAACCUGUUCCGGUCUCUUUCUACAGUGGCUGGCCAAUAUGGCGGACCAGACUGAACGUUCGUUUCAAAAGCAGCCAACUGUCUUCUUGAACAAGAAGAGGUCCCUCCUGUCAGGGAAGGGUACCAAAAAGUUGAGAUAUGUGAAGAAUGUGGGUUUGGGAUUUAAGACACCCAGAGAGGCCUCAGAGGGCCAUUACAUAGACAAGAAAUGCCCAUUCACAGGCAAUGUACAGAUCCGAGGGCGUAUAUUGUCUGGAGUGGUAUUGAAGAUGAAAAUGCAGCGCACCAUCGUCAUCCGUAGGGACUACCUUCAUUAUGUGAGGAAAUACAACAGAUUUGAGAAAAGGCACAGGAACAUGUCUGUGCAUCUAAGUCCCUGCUUCAGGGACGUGACGCUAGGUGAUGUGGUAACUGUCGGAGAGUGUCGUCCUUUGAGUAAAACUGUGCGUUUCAAUGUCCUGAAGGUGAAGAGUAGAGCAGCAGGAAAGAAGGGAUUCGCAAAAUUCUGAACAUCUUGUAAAAUAUAAACAUUAAUGAAUAAAAAAAAGAUACUAAGGAACUGUAAAUGAAGAA